AAACAUGAUCGUGUUCGGACUAUUAGUCUGCGCUGUAAUAAUUUUAUGUUUCGCUUACAUAAACGGACAAUACAAUGAGCAGUAUUGGAAGAAAAGAAAUGUGCCCUUUUAUUCGGAGCACAAAGUGAUGGGGGUGUUUUGGGACUUUGCAAUUAAAAGGAAGCCGGUUUUUCAAAAUCUUAACAAAGUUUACAAAAAGUUCCGCAAAGAACCGGCCGUUGGUAUCGGUUCAUUGGUAACACCGACUUUAUAUGUGAUUGAUCCCACUAACAUACAACAUGUCGUGGCAACUGACUUCAACUCCUUCAGUCACCGAGGACUGGAUAUAAAUGAGGGGGAUCAACUCGCCGACAAUAUUCUCUUCAUGAACGGAAAUCGCUGGAAGCUGAUGCGUCAAAGCAUGUCACCGCUGUUCACAUCUUCUAAAUUGAAAUCCAUGUACUACAUCAUAGAUAAAAGCGCCAUGGACUUCGUGGAACACUUGAGGAUGAAUAAACAGCUAUUGAAAGGUAAUGCAUUUGAUACUUUAUGUUCGUUCUGCAGUGCAGCUAUAGGAGCCGCUGUGUUUGGAGUGAGCACGGGAUCCAUUUUCGAUUCGCCAUUCCUUGAUAUGGCACGCAAAUCCACGCAACCAACGUUGUUGGCUAAUGUGAAACUCAGUAUUGCCAAUAUGAGCAACCGAUUAUUCGGUCUCUUAGGAUUAAAAUUAUUUACCGAGUACGAAGAUUUCUUCAUUGGUGCCAUUAAGCAAAUUAUACGCCUACGAGAAAAUGAAAAAACCAAACGACACGACUUCGCUGAUAUAUGCGUAGCAUUACAGAAUGCUGGCAACAUUGUAGAUAAAGAAACUGGCUUAGAACUAAAACCAACAGAUGAGCUAUUGGCAGCACAAGCCUUUUUCUUCUUUAUAGCAGGUGUGGAACCUACAGCUCAAGUGUUAUUUGCAACAUUAAUAGAACUUGGAAAACAUCCGGAAUACUUACAACAAGUCCACGACGAAAUCGAUGAAACUUUUAAGAAGCAUAAUAACAAAAUGGAUUUCGACAUUGUAAUGAAUAUGAGGCUCCUGGAUAUGGUUGUAAAUGAAGCAAUGCGAAUCCACCCACCCAUUGGCUUUUUAAAUAGACUAUGUAUUAAAGACACUAUUCUGCCAGUUGGUAACAUUAAAGUGGAGAAAGGAACAAGGAUCAUGAUGCCAGUAUAUGAAGUGCAACACGAUGAAAAAUACUUUCCAGAACCCGAAAAAUUUAUGCCAGAACGAUUCGCACCAGAAAAUAAGCACAAUGUACUUGAUAGUACCUUUAUGCCAUUUGGGAAGGGAAAUAGAGUGUGUGUGGGUACUAGAUAUGCUACGUUACAAACUAAAGCUGGCCUAGUGCAUUUGCUUCGCAAUUUCACAGUAAGGACUGUUAUUCAGGGUGAUGGACCCAAAUACGUUCCUCACCCAAUGCAAGUGAGACUAGUAAAUAUAGAUGUUGAAUUCAUACCGAGGUCUGUUCCCACAUAAGCAUGUGUUUUUCUAUUUUAUACAACGAUUCGCUAUUUAAUAAAUUUGUGGCAAUGACUUUAUUUCUCUUUAUAAAUACAUGACGUUCACUCAUAAUCUAUUUAA